GCCCGGCCAUGGCGGACGCGGCGGCUCGGCGGGCCGUGGCGGAGCUGCCGCUGCUGCGGGCGCCGGCGGGGCCUCGGGACCGCGAGGGCUGGGCCGAGCGGCUGCGAGAGGAGUACCGGGCGCUCAUACAGUACGUGGAGAACAACAAACGCGCUGACACCGACUGGUUCCGCCUGGAGUCCAACCCCGAGGGCACCCGGUGGUUCGGCCGGUGCUGGUACAUCCACGAGCUGCUCAAGUAUGAGUUCAACAUUGAGUUUGAGAUCCCGGUGAUACCCGGCACCGCCCCCGAAAUCGCCAUCCCCGAGCUGGACGGGAAAACGGCCAAGAUGUACCGGGGGGGCAAGAUCUGCCUCAGUGACCACUUCAAGCCCCUGUGGGCCAGGAACGUCCCCAAAUUCGGGCUGGCACACCUGAUGGCCCUGGGGGUGACUGGGGGGCCCUGGCUGGCCGUGGAGAUCCCGGACCUCAUCUCCAAAGGCCUCAUCCAGCACAAGGACAAGUGACCAACAAGAGGGGGACAUCCCCCAUCCCCUCCCCUCCCCUCCCAGCCGCUCCCCCCCCCGCUUCGCUGCUGCUGCCCAAUAAACAUC